GGCAGGACCAGAGGAGCGGUUUCACCAUGGAAUAUGAAGCCAAGAAAGGAAAGAAGGGUUUUGUGUCCCCCAUUCGAAGACUGGUGUUCCCGAAGGCUGCACGCCAGGCUGCCUUCAGAAGCAGUGUCAGUCGCAGGCCCCUGCACUCUAUGCCUCUUUAUCCCCCUGACUACCUCAUCGACCCCCACAUCCUGCUGUGUGACUACCUGGAGAAAGAGGUCAAGUUCCUGGGUCACCUCACCUGGGUGACUUCCUCACUGAACCCCUCCAGCCGAGACGAGCUCCUGCAGCUUCUGGACACCGCCAGGCAGCUGAAGGAGUUGCCUCUGAAGACCACGCCAGAGCAGGACAGCAUCCUGAGCCUGUCCGCACGUUGCCUGCUGCUCACCUGGCGCGACAACGAGGAGCUCAUCCUGCGCAUCCCGACGCACGAGAUUGCUGCUGCCUCCUACCUGCAGGACGACGCUCUGCAUCUGCUAGUGCUUAAGACUGGUCUGGGGGUGGACCCUGUGCCCGCGGGCAUGGACGGCAGCCCGGGAGGUUCGGGUCGCGAUCCCGGCCCUCCGGGCGCCGCGCCUGAGAAACGACGGGUAGGCACAGCCGAGCGACGCCACACCAUCUGCAGCCUGGACUGGCGCGUGGCGUGGGGCGGGGGCGCGGGCGCCGAGGCCCGGGCGGCGGGAGGCGGCGGCAGCCUGGAGCGGCAGCGCGCGGGAGCGAGAGCGUCGGGCAGCUGGGAGCGGCGACAGACGUUCAGUGGCAGCUGGGAGCGACGGCACGCGGGCGGAGGUGCGGGCAAGCCGGGUGGCAGCUGGGAGCGGCGGCAGGCGAGUGGCGGCGUCGGCGGCAGCUGGGAGCGACGCCACCCGGGCCCCAACCCGCUGGAUCCCCAGAACCACAGCCCCGACGCCUACUGCAACCUGGUCAUUCUGGCUGUGGCAAACAGGGAUGCCGCUGAGGAAUCCUGUGCGCUCAUCUGUCAAGUCUUCCAGAUCAUCUACGGGGACCAGAGCAUCGAGUGUGUAGACCGGGCCGGCUACCACUACAGAUCCACACCAAAGCGGCCAUGGCUCUCCAGCUGCAGUGAGAGCUGUCGUACGGACGGGACGUUCGCCUAUGAUGCCGACUUGAGCUGCUGCAGCUCCUUCAAUGGCUCCCAGGACACAUUUGAAGCGUGUUACAGUGGCGCGUCCACACCGUCUUUCCACGGCUCCCACUGCAGCAGUAUCGACCACAGCAGCUGGGCCUUCGAGCAGCUACAGGAUUACAUGGUCACGGUGAGCGUGAGUGGGCGGCUGAGCUCUGCAGCAAGCAUGGCUCAGAGACCAGGGAAGGAGGUCAGGCUAGCUGGAUGCUGGAGUCGCCUUGCCCUGUGUCCUCUAGGAAUGCGGCCCUUCAUCCCAGAUCAGGACAUCGGCUACUUCGAGGGCUUCCUGGAGAGUAUGGGUAUCCGUGAGGGCGGAAUCCUCACCGACAGCUUCGGCCGCAUCAAGCGCAGCAUGAGCUCCACGUCUGCCUCUGCCGUGCGCAGUUACGACGGGGCGAACCAGAGGCCUGAGGUGCAGACCUUCCACCAGCUGCUGGCCGACAUCACUCAUGACAUUGAGGCGCUGGCCCCUGACGACGACGACGUCUACGAGGAUGUCUCCCCAAGCGGGGGUGACCAGGUUGAAGACAACUACCUGUAGCUCCGCGGCACACUUGCCCAUACGACACCACCCCCAGUGUGCCUAGACUCCUGGGUUCCCAUCUGUGCCUUCUGGGCUUCUUUCCUUGUAAAUGGGUUCCCUUGCAAAUGGGUUUCUAGGGCUUCAGUUCUGCAAUACCGAGAAAAUCCUGCAGGGGGCGGGAGAGUCAGACUCUAGAGUGUUCUUCAAGAUAAAGAAUCGCUCCACCUACUGGCCGGCAGAAAAGAUUUCCAAUUCACGCCCCACUUUCUGCAAACCUGCCCAACCCCAAACCAGAAACGUUUCCAGAACCUAGAGACCUCUCUUCAAUUUUACAGGCUAAGAAACUGAAGAGACUUUGGGGGGAGUUGUUUGUUUUUAAGGGAAUGGAUCUGAAGGAACACCAGGUUCUUGGUUAUCGAUACCCAUUUCCACAUCUCUACGAUAAUUUCAGCUCCACCCAUCUCACAGGUGGUCAUGGGGUGAAUGGAGGGCAAGAGCUUAGUGUUGGGCCUAGCAUGCUGUAGAUGCUCAAUAAAUGCUGUUUCUCUCCGCUUG